AUGCAAAGCUAACCUUAAGAUUAUUUAAUACUUUGUGAUUAAAAUAGUUCUGGGUAAAUCGUUGGGGUAAACACAACUUUAAUGUCCUCCUAUUGCAAUACUCACUAAUCUAGUUAAAGACAAUAAUCUCUCUUAAGACCAAUUUCCAAUCUUCGUAUAAAAAAUGAGCUCGACAGAAAAAGAUCUCUUUUAAGAUAGCAACAUCCUGAUAGGACUAUUGGUGCAGGUGGAAGAUUGAGUUGCUAUACAUUUAGCUUUAAGUAAUUUGAAAGAUGUAAAUAUCCUCCUCAAUUUUCAGAUUAUUAUGAAAAAACAGAACUUUCAGAUGUUAUAGUUAAGGUUGAAAAUACUAAGAUUUAUGCUCAUAAAAUGAUAUUAGCAAUGAAUAGUCCCUUCUUCAAAAGUUAAUUUUAUAAUCAGCAUUGGUCUCUAUAGAAGUACUAUAGGAUUUUAGAAAAAUGUGGGAAUUGCUGUAAAUUUGAAAGUAGAAACUCGGAAUAAUAAGAAAACAUUAGAAAAAGAUAGAUUAAAAUGAACGAGAAAUAAAUUUAAUAAGAUUCAGUUUAAAGUGAUUGCUAGCAGAUGAGAGAAGAGUAAAGAUCAGUUGAAGAAAUUCAACAAUAAACUGAAGUUCAAUAAGAAUAUUAAAAGCUUGAUAAAUAAGUAAGUGAAUAAAACAGGAUAAGUGAUCAUUCAAGCUAAUCUCUUAGAACAAGCUAAGAUGGUAGUAAAAGUGAAAUAGGAAGGAAGCGUAAAAGGUAAUAAUCUGAUUUUCUUGAUAGUGAAAUUGAUAGUGUAAAAAAAAUGAAAAAUUCAUUGAUGAUAGAAAUAGACAAAAUUGAUAUUUUAUAACUUGAGGAUUGUGAUUUAACCACUUUUAGAUUAAUGCUUAAAUAUUGUUAUGACAACACCACUGAUUUGAAAAAUCUGACUAUUGAUACAUUAAUACAGUUGUCAGAACAGGCAGAUAGAUUCCUCAUCGAUAAAUUAAAAUUUGCAAUAAAAGAAUGCCUGUCAAAAAAAUACAGCAUGGUACAUUCCUUAAAGAUAUUGAUGUGGAUGCAUAAAUAUUAUCCAGAGGAUUAAAGAUCAAUCGAUAAGCUAAUUGAUAGCAUAAGUUAAAGCCAUAAUAUGAUACACGUAUUUUAUCAAGGAGUCUUUCUGUCAGAGUUUUUAUAUUUAGACUAUGAGAAAAUUGGUAAUAUAUUAGCUAAAAUUGUAAAAGAUAAACUCAACUAUCCAGAUGGCUAGAACUGUGAAUAUGUGUAGACUAACUUUUUGUUUAAAUUUUUGUAUGAAAGAGUUGUAGAGUUAGCUGAUGAAGCUACAAGAAGAUACUAAAUUAGUGAUGAAGAAAAAAAUAAGUUCAUUAGAAAAGUCAUUCAAGGCUUUGAAAUACAUAGAUUUUAGGAGAAACAAAUUUUGGAUUUAUUAGAUAGAAAGAUAUUUGAAGUUGAGGAGAUUCAAAGCAUUUUUCAAAAAUAUCUUAAGUAGCGAAUAAAUAUAAAAUAUUACAAUGACUUCAAGAGUCUUAUUGAAAUUAGUGACAAGAUUAAGAAAGUCACUUAUAACACAGAUUACUUUAAUAAGGUUGACUUCGAAAAGAGAAUGGGAGAGUCAUUUCACUUUAACUCUGGGAAAGUAGGCAAAUUUAUUGAAUGCGAGUUUGAAGAAGCUUUUCCUAUUUCAAUGACUAAAAUUAUCUCUAAUAGCGAAGCGCAUAUAACAUUUGUCAUUUAGGCUUCAAAGAGCAAACGUAAAUGGGAAUUGAUUUCAACUUUUAGAUAACUAAAUGGAUAAACUGUAAUCGAAUGGUAGGAACCGAAAAAUUUCAAACACUGGAGAUAUGUAGUAGUUGAUCAUAAUUAGAUUAAUGCUACAUUUUCAGCAAUAGAAUGGUAUUCAAAGCAAGAUUUAUUAAACUAAUUCAUGGAGAAAAAGAAAUAAGAAAAUGAGCCUGCCCCAAGUAAUCAGGAUUAAGUAGCUCAGCAAUAGCAACAACUUAAUCGCAGAGAAUCUCUCAACUCAAUAAAUAGUGGAAAUAAUCAAAAUGAAAAUCAGCGAGUCAGCAGAAGUAAUGAAAAUGCUAACGAGAGAAAUACUAGUCAAAGAUAUUUUGACUAAAUUGUCAUUAUAAAUCAUAACUAAGCUGAAGAAGCUGAAAGUGGAAAUAGCUUUGACAAUGAUUUAUCGGAAGAAAGCUAUAAUACUUAUUAAUAGUGA